UGUUCCGGGACAAGCGGCGGCGGCGGCGGCGGGAUGGACCGGGAGCUGCUGCGUCAGGCGCUGAGCUACCAUGGCCCCACGCUGCUCUCGCUGCUCCGCUCUGAGCAGCAUGACAACCCUGACUUCCGCGGACUGCUACCACCGCCGGGGACUAGCCUUGAGCCGUCCCGCGGGGCCCCGCAGCCGCCGGCCGCCUGGAAAGAGAAGUCGAGCCUUGACACCGAGAUAAAGCGCUUCAUUGCCAAAAAAGCUGAUCUUCUUUUCGCGCACUCGUGGAAACCCAAUGGUCCCAUAGCUGAGACGAUUGAAGAAAAUGAAGAGUAUUAUGCUGUUAUGCCUCCUCUGGAACGCUUCAUGGAUGUUCCCAGGGAAGACAGGAGGGAAUUAUUUUUUCGAGACAUCGAGCGUGGGGAUAUUGUGAUUGGGAAGAUUACAUCUAUCCGUGAAUUUGGCUUUUUCAUGGUGUUGAUCUGCCUGGGAAGUGGUGUCAUACGGGAGAUUGCAGAUAUAGAAAUCACUGCUCUUUGUCCUUUGAGAGAUGUACCUCCUCAAAGCAACCACGGAGAUCCUUUAUCUUACUAUCAAACUGGGGACCUUAUUCGAGCUGCGAUCAAGGACAUUGAUCGUUACCACGAGAAGCUCACCGUGUCUCUUUACAGCUCAGCUCUUCCACCCAGUCUUUCCAGUACAAAACUAGGCGUAAUUACUUCUGAUGACCUCCCAUUACAUUAUAAGCGAAGCAUGGAGGUUGCUAAUACAGGAGAGACAUUUGAAGAGGUUUUGCAUCGUUCCCCAGGAUUCGCUAAUCCAUCAUUAGUGGAAUUUUUAGCAGAAAAACUAGGACUAAGUGAAUCAAAUCCACCGUCUUUGAUGAGAAGUCUUCAAAUUAAAAAUUUCAAUGAAGAAGAUUUUGCCCCUGCAUUGAGGAAAAAGCAGUCUGCAUCUUGGGCUUUGAAAUGUGUGAAGGCUGGGGUUGAUUAUUUUAAGGUUGGGCGCCACGUGGAAGCCAUGAAUGAGUACAACAAAGCAUUGGAAAUUGAUCCACAAAACGUUGAAGCUUUGGUAGCACGUGGAGCUCUGUAUGCAACUAAGGGAAGUCUAAACAAAGCCAUAGGUGAUUUUGAAAUUGCUUUGGAAAACUGCCCUACCCAUAGGAAUGCAAGGAAAUACCUCUGUCAGACGCUUGUGGAAAGAGGCGGGCAGUUGGAAGAGGAAGACAAGCUGCUAAAUGCUGAGAAUUACUAUAAAAAAGCCUUAAGUUUGGAUGAGACCUUUCAGGAAGCAGAAGAGGCCCUAACGAAACUCCGUAAGCAUAUGCAGGUGAUUCUUUACUUUCUCUUCAUAUAACACUCUCAGUGACAAUGAAUGAACAUCUAAAGUCACAUUAAAUCAGGGAGAGUUUAAGUUGAUGGUUUGUCUUACUCUCUGCUUCCCUUCUCCACAGUAAAUCUUUUAUAGUGAGCAUUAUGGCUGUACCUACCAGAAGAAAGGUACCUCUUGAUGACACCACUGUUUUGAACAGGAUAGUAAAGAAAUGCCAAACAGUGGAGACAGGAAAAAGCAAAGCUGUUAACCCUGUCUACUAAAGCAAUGAUAAGAAUAUUCCAUCACACAAGCAUGAUUAGUAAUGUUAACAUAGGACAUUCUGUGAAUACAGGCAUGUGAAGUGUAAAAACACUUGGGCUAGCCUAAUAAUCAUUGCACACCAUUGUACUGCCAGAUCCUUUUAAUUUGGAAUAAUUAGCUAGCUCAAGGAAGAUCAUGGGAGAGGGGAAAUUAAGAAGUGAUUUAAAGGAAAACAGCAGGAGGUGGAGAGUUUUGUGGGCAGGUAGUUUGAGUCUCUCAGCUUUCUUCUCUGCUGUUUUUCUUUCUCUAUUCUCUUGCAUGCAGCAUGUGUCCCAGGUGAGCCCUGGUGGGUCUCUGUGCUAACCUGAGUUGUCUUCUUUUUUUUUACCUCCCUUUACUUGUCUUCCAGAAAGGAUCAAAGAUUAAAAUAGAGCACUGAGAACAGGCUUGUUUUGUUCUGUGCCUCUGCAUGUAAGGAAGUGCAUAGACUGGGGUAGAUGGCCUUAAUCAACACUUCUUCAGUUGGUGGAGCCAUAAUGCUGACAGGUUGUGUUGAAAGAAGGGGGAAGAGGAGAUGUGACAAUCUUCAAUAAUACUGAAUUGUGUCAUAGAUAAACUGUUGUGUGAUAUUUGAGCACUGUCCACAUUUGGCUGCUUUAGAAAAAGAGGUGUCAGUCUCAGUUAAAAUGAUGAAAAAUGCUCUCAUCAAGUAGGAGAUAAAUUUACUCUGCUUUAGCAUGUUCCUGGUAUCAUGGGUAAUGGAUGCAGCAGGUAAAACCCAUGAUUGUUUUUGGUCUGCAUAGCCUGAACUGCAAUUAAGGAUUUCCUUUAUUGUAUCUGUUAAGAAGUUGCCAAGUUUUAAAAACAAUAAUUGGACUUUCUGCUCAAAGAAUAGAGCUACUAGUUUGACCUGUAGAUGACAGAGGUCUGAUCUCUAAUAGGCUUAAGUAGUUUAAGGAUUAUUCAUCUAGUGAGACGCUUAUCUGCAUUUACCUGUAUUUUAAUAACACAAGUCUGAUACCAUCACUGUUGUGCUAGUAUGGCUGAAGCAACACUGAAGAGUUCUUUCCUGUAAUACUGAUUAUGUGUUUUUCUCCAAUGCAUUUUCUUCUGAACUGGACCGUUAUUGCUGUCCGACGUCUGGUGCUGCUCCUCACCAACAAACCCGUGGGACAUGAUUUCUUACGUAAACCAUGCAUCAAACUGCUCUGUGAAAUUGGUACAAAACGGUUUGUAUUCAAACAUGGCCAACUUGAAAUCCACCUUUUAAAAUGGGUUCUGCCAUGUUCUACUGGUAAACUACAAUAACAACACUUCCCCUCAAACUUUUCUUACCCCUUUUUUUUGUGUUUUGGUUUCC